AUGUCUAACACCGUCUACCUGAUCACUGGCGCCAACAGAGGCCUGGGACUUGGCCUCACCAAGUCCCUUCUCAUCCGGCCCUCCACUACAAUCAUCGCCUCCGUCCGCAACAAUGAGGCAAAGGACGCCCUCAUAUCAGAGCUAGCCACCAUAAUUCCCGGCCAAAACAGCCUUUUACGCAUCAUUCACCUCUCUUUCCCUUCGGACAACUGGAGCUCAGCCCCAACCUCCCCUUCUGAAAUCCUGACAGCCCUCACCAACACUGUCCCAGAAAUACGCCACAUCGACGUCCUCCUUGCAAAUGCCGGCUUUGCAACCCCUAUGACCCCAGCUCUAAGCACAUCCGUUUCUGACCUCCGUGCCUCCUUCGAAGUCAACACUAUCGCACCCCUCCUCGUUUUCCAGGCUUUCUGGCCCCUUCUCAGAAACGCCCAGAACGGGACCCCUAAAGCUAUCUUCAUGUCUUCGUCUGUCGGUUCAAUUGGCGCGCAGGAACCGUUCCCCGGCGGCGCGUACGGGCCCAGCCGUGCGGCCGGGAACUGGCUUACCCGCGCCCUUCAUCUCCAGCAUGAAGCGGAUGGGCUUGUUGCUGUUGCGUUACAUCCAGGGUGGGUGAAGACAAGGGCGGGAGACUUUGUUGCGAAGGAGUGGGGGUUUGACGCUGGGCCGCCAGAGACAGUGGAAAAUAGUGUUAAGGGGAUUCUGAAGGUUGUUGACAAGGCGAGCAGGGCGAGUGUUGGGGGGAAGUUUGUUACGUAUACGGGAAUGGAAUUGCUUUGGUGA